AUGGCAGCUCUUGUCCAGUCGUUCCCAGCUCAGCAGUCACCCUCGCAAGUUAGCUUAAUGCAGUCGCGCCCCCAAUCUGCCUCUAACAGUCUUCAGUCCGCCCAGACACAAUCAGCGCAUACCAACCAGCACCACUUGACCACGCCUCGAAACAUGGGCGGAUACAACAGUAACUCCGGCUCCAGCAACAGCAACAACGGUGCUAGUGGUGGUGGAUAUCGCAGUGGAUACACAACCGCUCCUGUUGCUCCAUAUGCGUUUACCAGCACUCCAGGUCUCUCGAGCACUACCAAGCAGCAACCCCCCAAGAUUGGCGAGAGGACGUCUUCGAAGACUGACGACUCACGAAACCGUUACCCUGCUCCGGACUCCAUAUCGUCAUCUUCCUCAUCCUCUUCGGAUCCGUCAUCUCGACACCAGGGCGUAGCACCUUCUGGCUCACGUGACGACGCAGCCCUGUAUACUCGCCCAGCCCUCGACCCCUUUCCAUGA